AGAGGAGGAGGAGAGAGGAGUAGAGAGAGGGGGAGCUCAGUCUGCUGAGAUUGUGAGUUGCAUUGCUUCCUCUGUUAUACUGUACAUGACUUUUUACUGAGUAAGAGACUGCUUCAGUCAAGCUCCACAGAAGUAGAAAACAGAGGAAAUAUAGUAUAUCACUUUGUACUACAAGAAGCAUAACAAACACUGUGGUUCCUAAGGAAAGAGGAUAUUAUAUUGUGCCGUGCUUUAACUAGUCCAGAGCAGCAGGCAAGGGCAGUCCCAAAAGCCUCAUCAGUCACAAGCAGUGGGAGGAAUACUGGUACAGGAGAAGAAAGGCCUGGGUCACUAACCCUGUCAACGAGUUCCUUACAGUGGAGAUUAAGAUUCCAGCUACAUGGGCAAACGCUUGGAACAGCAACCAAUGUACCCUCAGUACACUUACUAUUACCCUCCUUAUCUCCAAACCAAGCAGUCCUUUGCUGCUCAUCCCAUGGCUCCUCCUAGCCCCAGUACAAACAGCAACAACAGCAGUGGCAAUGAGCAACUCAGCAAAACCAACCUCUACAUCCGUGGUCUUCCACCUGGUACCACAGACCAGGACCUCAUCAAACUCUGCCAGCCGUAUGGAAAAAUUGUAUCCACAAAGGCAAUUCUAGAUAAAAAUACAAAUCAGUGUAAAGGUUAUGGUUUUGUGGAUUUUGACAGUCCCGCAGCAGCACAGAAAGCGGUGGCAUCCUUGAAAGCAAAUGGUGUCCAGGCACAAAUGGCCAAGCAACAGGAGCAGGAUCCUACAAACCUCUACAUCUCAAAUCUCCCCGUCACUAUGGAUGAGCAAGAGCUGGAGAACAUGUUGAAACCCUUUGGUCAUGUGAUUUCUACAAGAAUAUUGAGAGACGCCAAUGGAGUAAGCAGAGGAGUUGGUUUUGCCAGGAUGGAGUCCACUGAAAAAUGUGAAGUAGUAAUUCAACACUUCAAUGGGAAAUACCUGAAAAUGCCACAAGGUGUACCAGCCCCCAAUGAGCCUUUACUGUGCAAAUUCGCUGAUGGAGGGCAAAAGAAGCGACAGAAUCAAAGCAAGUUCUCACAGAAUGGAAGGUCAUGGCCCAGGGAAGGAGAGACCGGCAUUGCUUUGACCUAUGACCCUACAGCUGGCAUACAGAAUGGGUUUUAUUCUCCACAGUACAGUAUUGCAACAAAUCGCAUGAUUGCACAGACAUCCAUCACGCCAUUUAUUGCUGCUUCUCCGGUUUCAACAUAUCAGGUCCAGAGCACUUCAUGGAUGCCUCAUCAGUCAUAUGUUAUGCAACCAACAGGUGCUGUAAUAACACCUGCUAUGGAUCAUACCAUGUCCAUGCAGCCUGCCAGUAUGAUGGGGCCUCUCACCCAGCAAAUGAACCAUUUAUCACUGGGUACAACAGGGACGUAUAUGUCUGCUGCUGCUGCUGCUGCACCUAUCCAAGGGACCUACAUUCCCCAGUACACUCCCGUGCCUCCAACAGCAGUUCCAGUUGAGGGAGUUGUUGGUGAUACAUCCUCACAGACAAUAGGACCUUCAUCACAGGAAGCCAAUGGACAGUCGCAGCAGAUGACAGUAGAAGCAGGCAGCGAGCAUACAUCUGCUUUGUCUUACCAACAGACCAAGUAGUAGGCAGGACUGAAGACUGUUUAUCUAAAUCUUUGCCUUGAAUUGGGUGACUUCACUGGACAAGAAGUUGGCUUCCAGUUUGCACAGGCGUCAAACGAAUGCUUAUUUUGUUUUCAUUUUCUAACUUUCUGACAAAAGAAAAUGAGAGUGAUUUUUUUAUGUGCUUUGCAAAUGAUUCCUUCAUGUAGUCUGACAGUUUUAUUUUUGCUAUAAAAUGUUAUUUUUUUUAAGAGUACAAAACUUAAAAGUACCUCGCUAAAAUUAUGCUGGGGUGAUAUUUCAAAUAGAUAGAUAUUUGAAAAUUAACUAUCAGAAUCUGCAAAAAUAUCUCCGCUGGAGACAUUUAUGCAGUUAAGAGGGAGAAAAACAAUGUAUGUGGUCUUCCUCAAAUAGUAAGCUAUUUUUUAUUUCUUUUUCUUUUUUUCUUUUAUUUUACUCUACAGUAUUUUGUUGUGUUCCUUUUUUAGAAAUUUGUUUAGGUAAGGUUUGUCUUGCCUCAUAAUUGCCUUAAUUUUUAAGGAUGUCAAAGGCUCUUAAAGCAAGCUGUCAACGUCUUGUUUAAGAAACACAGAAUGCUAUGAAUUUUCUUGGACCAUUGGGAGGUGCAAGAGUUUGAUUGUCAAUUUCAUGGAUGACAGGAGAAUAAGCUGUACAGUUAUAAUAGAAACUGUAUUUCUUCAUUAGAAGAAAAAGUUUGGUGAUAGUAAAAAAAAAAUGAUUGAAGACUGACUGAAGUGUAAAAUGCUGGGACAUUUAUGAACUUUGUCUAACAUUUUGGAAGAAAAUAAUGAAUGAUUAAAGGAUUUUUCAGAAAGAGUAUUGGAGGAAUAUAGACUGCAUUGUCAGACAAGCAGCUGUUGCUGCUUAAUGCAGACUUUUUUUAUUAAUUUACAAAGUGUGACCGCUAGUUAUGGCAGUAGUGCGUUUUAUCUGCAGUCUUUUUUAUAAGCUUUCAAAAGUUUUUCAAGUCAGCUUUGCGUGUCACUUUGUAGAAGCUAGCUUAAAAGUAAAUAAAUAAAUAAAUAAAAAUAAAAAAAAAAUACAAGUAGAUAGAAGCUUAUCAGCAAAAAGUAAAAAUGCAUAAACAGCAAUAGCUAGAAGAAAUUGUUGACAAUUUCUGUAGUCUUUCCCAGUUGUGGAUCAAAAUGCAGCCUAUGAGUGGCCUGUUUUAUACCAAAGACAAAGUGACAUGAUAAAACAUUCAAAAAGGUAAGAGGUUGUUUUCAUUAUUUGACCAGUAUGGCAGGACCAGUUCAUUCAUGCAUAGACUUUCUUUGAAAUACCUUUCAAUAGUGUUUUGCUCAAAUAAAUUUCAGAAUAUACUUUCAUACACAAAAUGUAUACAGACUUGAAGCAGAGACCGCUAUCUGUACCACAUAAUUAAUUAUACUGAAUACCCCAACAAUUUCAGCCUUAACAUAAGGGGUUCCUAUAGCAUUAUUUUUUUUCCUGAAUUUGAUUUGUUUCUGUUUCUAAUUAUCACUGACCAUCUGACCUUAGGAUCUUGGAUGAAUUCAUUGGUCCACAUUUGCCAUGCUCAAGUAGUGUGCAAUCUCAUCUCCUCUAUUCUUAGCUUCUCUCCCUUAGCAAACCAAGUCAAAUGAUCCUUCUGCAUGCUGCUUUUAAAAUGAUAACUGAGAACCUGCAAAUAGUCAUACUUCUGUUAAUAAAAAAAAUAUACAAACAAAAAAAAGCCAUUUUUUCUGACUGAAGCUAUGCUGCUCAUGUUAUUUCAUCUGAUAUCCUAGGCAUGAGGAUGACAGGAAAAAUUAUAUUUUAUUUUGUUUACAAAACGACUUAUGUUCACAGCCAAAAUAUAUAGCAUUCAAGAGACAAAAAUGGGGUAGUCAUAAGGCAUAUAACAUGUAAUAAUUUUAUUGGAGGAGCAGAUUAAGCCUAACUAUAGACAAUGAUUCAUUAUAAUUAACUUCCAAGACAAAUUUUAUGUUCCAAUCACUUAGAAAGUUGAUUUAUAUAUAUAUAUAUAUAUAUAUAUAUAUAUAUAUAUAUAUAUAUAUAUAUAUAAAUAUGAUGGUUUGGUGGGAAGAUUUUAACAACGUCCCCAAAAAUCUGAAAUAAUACUGAUGAGGCCACAUAUAAGUACAUAUAAUUAGUAGCGACCAAACCUUUUCAUUUGCUUCAUUAUCCUGGACAGUAAGAUUAGAUGGAAAUGAGUGCAUUGUGUUUCCAUUCUGCAAUUGGUCUCACAAUCCGUUCAGGGUCACAUAGGAAUUAGAGCUUAUCCCAGCACUGAGUGAACUAAUUUCCAGUGAUGAAAUGCAUUAUCCUACAACCUAACAUUGUUACAUGAAAAUCCCCUUCUGGAGUCCAUUAUGAUCUGACUUGAUGGUAGUAUAACAUUUAUAUCAAAAUCUUAAACUAUUAUUUUUUUUUUAAGUGAGAAUACAAAGUCCUUCCUUUAUCUUUUAUGUAUACAAUUUUGUGAUUCUCUGCUUUAUGCACACUAUAAUUCUAAAUGAUCUAUUAAUUUAAAUGUUCUAAUUUACAUAACCGCAUUUCAGAGUCAUAUGUCUAAAAUGUUACUAAUUUAUCAGUUAUCAAGGGUAGCACAGUGGCACACCAGAUAGCAUUGUUGUUUCAAAGCAAGAAAUUCCCCAGUUUAAUUCUCAGCUGGGGCGUCUUCUCUGCAGACUCUGCAUCACCUCCCUGUGCUCAAAUGGGGUUUCUUCAAGGUGCUCCAGUUUUCUUCCACAUCCCAAAGACAUGUAGUAAGGGGAGUGGACAUUCUAAGCUGGCCAUAGGUGUGAGUGUGCAUGUGAGUGUGUGGUGUGGAAGAACUACUGCAGCAGGGCUAGCCACCCACAAUUGUAAACUUUGACUCUAGGUGAUUGUCACUGUUUAAGUGACACUCCAACCCCAUGUGCAAAAAAUGGAAAAAACGGGUUGUGGAUAGAUGAAUAGAUGAAUUUGUCAUCUUUAUUGUUGCAGCAGGAAAAUAACUAGAUAAAUCAGUCAAUGGUAAUUUACUUAAAUAACAGCCAUCAUAUUGCCUAAGUGUGAAUUUGCAUAAAUAUUAACAUAGCUCUGAUUUACAUGCACAAUGUUGUCACUACCUACUGUCUUAAAACCAGAAGACACAGGUUCCAUUCCCUUUACUGCUGCUAACAUAUGAUGUUGACCACAUCACUUUUCUUUACCUGGAUCACGUUGAAACUUUCAUGAACAGAUAAGAUUUUGUUUGUGGGUUUUGUUAUCAACACAAAAGUAAUUGCAAGAAAACAAUUAAAUAAACAUAUAUAUGAGGUAAAAUUUAAAAAAAAGUACUGCAUAGGUUAGGUGUCUGAUGGUGUCUUUCAUAUAUUUAGGCUGUCUGUAUCAGUUUAAGAUUUCCCACACUUCUUACUAUUCAUUAUUAUGCGUUCUUAGAUGAAAUGCCUCAUUUCUGUAGACAUUGAGGCUUGAAGGUAGCUACCAUGUGGCUAAUCAAUAUGGUAAGACAGAUUCACAUUUAUUUCCUAAACUUUUGCUGCUUAAUUCACUCAAAUGUGGAUAUUUAGAACAAACUCAGCUGCUAAUGGUCAUGCUCAGUGUUUCAUAGUAAGACAGGGAAAACGGUAUCAUUAGCUAAUGAUUUAAAUCACCAGUUUCAGUCUGUCCUGGGAUGUUCCCACUGACUGUACAUUACUUACAUAUUUGGAAAAAGCAAAUAUAUAUUCUGCACCUAAGUUUUAGUCAUUCCUUCCUACAUUGUAAACUUGAUUGAACUAACUCUUUAUUCAUAAGAAACAAUUUUUAAAGUCAGUUGCACUGAUUUAGCACUCGCUGCUGUGGCAUCUGUCCUUGUUUAACCCCCAUAUGUACCUCUUAUAAGGGGUGAUUAGCAUUAAGAACAUCUAUGGUACAAUAAUCUAGAUUUGGGGAAGAGCUUGCUCCUAACAAGCUGGAUAGCACUCAAAAUAGUGACAAUGCAAAACAUGUAUUAGCCUUAACUUAAAAAGAAAUGGUAAUCUUUUAUAUAUCACCAACAAUGCCUGUGACGGCACCAUGUUACUUCUUUAAAUAAGUAAUGCAUUCACCAUAUAUAUUUCAGUAGCCUCUGCAUUUAAUAUUUAUUUAACUUAUUGAUGUGCCUGAAGACACCAACACAGAUUACGGAAAACUAAAAUUGAGUAGAGCUGUUUGAUGCUACUGCAAAGUUGCAGUACAUAUAAUAAUCUUUAACCUUUGAUUACAUGAGAUCUUUGGGAAGGUCCACAUUUUGACAUUGAAAAGGUGCUUAUUCAUAACUUACGUUUCUAAUUCCAUUUAUGCAACAGGUAGACUUGGUAAAUGAACAAACACUGCAUUUCAUUUAUAUCUGGCCAUCUGGAUACAUUGCAGUUUAACGUGAUAUACACAGAGAGAAUGCACUGUGUAUAUUAAAAUGCGCUGACGAAAAGUUGCUGUUUAUUCUAUUGGGCUAUGCAAAUUGUUUUCUCUGUCCUUAAAAAAAAGGUGUUUUACUUACACUGUAAUAAUUUGUUGAAGUAUUUUGUUGAAAUGUGACUAAUCUCACCAUGGAAAAAUACUAAAUACUGUAGGCUUCCUGGUAAAAUCUGACUAAAGAGUCACCCAUGCUGCUUGAAUUGCAUUUAUAUGCAGUAUUUGUAUUUAAAUCAUGUUCUUUUUAAUUUUUAUGACCAGACUUGCAUCCUCAUGCAUUUAAUACCUGAUUCACUCUUUUUCUACAUAGAUGGUCAAAAUGAAACACUUCACAAGAGUUCAGUGUAAAGAACUGUUUAGUGAAAAUUGUAAAGGGAAUAAGAUUUAUAAAGUCUACAUUAUGAAAAAGAUAUAUACAUAUUAAUUCAGUCUCACUCAUAAAUACAGUUUAAUGUUCAACUUUUUGGGGGUUUGAGUUUUGGCAGGGAGCUACUCAGUCCCUAUGUAAAAUCAUAUAGGCAGAUGGUGUUUUAGAGAGCAGUAGUACAGGCAGAGUACUAAAGUAAAUUAUUGUUUGCUUAUUACAUUAAUCCAGAUUCAUGUAAGCAGAAUCAAAAUCUGUAUCUGGUCUCUCAGUCCUGCACAACAGCCACCCAGUCACUUGGUUCUCCUCAAGACCUUACUGCCUUAUAGACUUGUCACACGUCUUCCUAAUGAAUCAGCUAAACUACAACAUGUCUGACAUUUUGGCAACUUAUGUGUGUCUUUUGCAUGGCCUUUGAAUUAAAACCUCUUUACUUCCAAGGUGGAACUCUGUUCUCUAUUUUUAACUGUGGACCCCGCCUAUUCCAUCAGUCCUUUAUUCUGUACUUAAAGCUUUCAUAAUCCUGCUUCACAUGGUUUGUGCAGCAAGACAUUUGUUCUGCACCCCUCUUUGUUUCAAAUAGAAGGACUCAUAUCUCAUUCAAACUUCCACCAUAACCCACUUCAUCCAUCUCCUUACUGUGAUUGUUUGCCUUCUCUGCAUGUUUUCCCAUGCUGUAGCAUCAUUUUCCCAAUAGGGAGUCCAAAACCACAUACAGUGUUACAAGUACAGCAAAAUUUGUAACCAAGCAGAAUGGGGAACCACCUCCUUGUUCUUGGAUUCCUUUCGUCUGGGAAUACAUUUAACCUCCUGUUAGCCUUUUGUCUCUAUACGUAGUGAUGCAAUGCUGCUAUUAUCACAACAUAUAGGUCUUAUACUGCACUGCCGUGUUGACAGCAGCUUAGUAUGUUUCAGGUGCAGUGCUUUACAUUUCCUGCCUUAAAUCUUUGGUGGUAUCUAUCUGCCCAUCUAUCUAACCUCUUUAUAACUCUUCCUAAGCUGUUGGUUAUAUUGAUCACUGUGGUCAGGUCUUGGCAUCUUUCAGUAAAGAUGGAUAUUGUUUAUGAUGUCUGCUGCAGUGUCUGAUACAAACACACUGAUAAGUAAUAGAAUCAGCUGACAACUCUCUGGCGAAUCACUGAUAAUACUCUGUUCUGCGAUAAAUUCAGCUUACUCUCUACCUUGCCCUCUUUCCAUCCAUCAUCCUUUGCACUGCUUUUUCUCCUACUCCCAGAUAUUCAGGAGUACUCAAUAGAUGUCUGUGUCAUAUUAUGCUAAGGGAUUUGCUUAAGUUUUCAGAGGUUAUUGCAAUUGAGGUUUUGUGAUUUCCAGAAUAAUCCAGUCACGAAACUGAACUAGACUAGACUAGUAGGUUUGUUUAACUGUAAAUUUGUGCUUUUUUAUAUUAUAAGGUUGGCUUUGAAGCAAGAAAGUCAGCAAACUUUCACUUGCUAUUUUAUCCAUCACUUUAGAGAUGAUUUCACAUUUACUGGCUACCAGUUUAUUGGUUUGUUUCUCUACCCCUCAUGGUGCAGCAUCAGUGUAGCAUGAAUUCAUACAUGUACUAUGCUUACUAAGACAAUGUGCUGGACAUGAAUUCAUACAUGUACUAUGCUUACUAAGACAAUGUACUGGACAUGAAUUCAUACAUGUACUAUGCUUACUAAGACAAUGUGCUGGACAUGAAUUCAUACAUGUACUAUGCUUACUAAGACAAUGUACUGGACAUGAAUUCAUACAUGUACUAUGCUUACUAAGACAAUGUGCUGGAUAUGAAUUCAUACAUGUACUAUGCUUACUAAGAUGAUGUGCUGGACAUGAAUUCAUACAUGUGCUAUGCUUACUAAGACAAUGUGCUGGACAUGAAUUCACUGUCUUUUAAAGUCACCUUGUAGAGAAAAAGUGUCUUUAAUCUGAAACUGUUUAGUGUGAAAUAUAGACCCACAAUGAGACUGCCUGGGUUAUUUUGCAAUACAUUAUAUUACUGAAGCCUUUAUCCUUCAAAGGAUCUUGUAGGGAUAUUUGAAAUUUGUUGUUUUUUUUUGGAUGGGAGACAAGAGAAAAAUGUUUAUUCCACCAGACUGUUUUACCUUAUAAAUAUAUGCAGAUAUAUUCUGUGAUUUUUUUUUUUAGUUGAUAGUGUGACUUUAAUUAAACUCUUGCAAUGUCUAUUCAUAGUGAUAAAGUAUGACUAAAAAAGCCCCAUUUCUGUUACUCUGUAGGAGCUCUGCUCUCAUUUUAGCACUGUGACCAGUGAGCCACUAAUUUCAUUUUCAUAGAGACAUCUGGUGCAAAGAGUCACUAUACAAAAAUCUGUGUAGAAAAACAGUGAGUACUAAGAAAACGUAUGAUGAGAAAGAGUGUAAUGAUGUGAUGAUAAAGUGUUUGAUACUAAAUAACAUAUGUCUCCAUUGUACACAGUUCCACUUAUUGAAAAGUACCUAGAUUUGAAAGUAAUGUAUUCACAAGGCAUUAUCUUAUAUCUUAGGACUCCCUUCAGCUGAAAAACAAUAAAGGUGUACUAUUCUGAAACAUCAGCAAGUUUUCAAAGUGGAUAUUAAAAAUGUAGGUCAUAUUAUAUAAUACCAAGCAUGAAAGUACAGAGCUCAUGAUAAAAUAAUUUUGGACAGAUGACUCUGCCCCAAAUGCUAAAUUAUCAAUAUUAUUUAUAAAUGCCAGUUUUUUUAAAAAAUCGCUACAAACAUUUCAUAAAUGUCCUUUAUUUUAAUGGUUUGUUAAUUUCUGUACAUUUUGAUCCAAAUGAUAAUAUUGUCAUUCUCAUGUUCCUGGGGCUUUCUGUAGAACUGUGGAUGUUUGGAUUAAACCUCAUUUUCUUUAAUGGAGCUUUCAAUAAAAAAUACAAAACUUGAAAAGAA